AUGGAGGAUCCACAUUCACUACAAAUUGAUGCUGUUGGUGGCGAUUGUGGAGAAGGGGAACAACAAAUAACACAUGUUGGAUCAGUGGAAAAUGAAGUAUCUAAUGAGGAGGUGGUUGAUAAAUCUGGAAAAAAUAUGAUCACACCUGAAGUUGGAAUGAGUUUUGAAUCCGAGGAUAAGGCUUUUAAGAUGUACAACACCUAUGCCGGAAAGAAUCAACCAAGUGGGCAGCUUAAAAGGAUGGUCGUGAAGCAAUCAACUGAAGAUGUCAAGUGGAAUAGGCUUCGACUAAGAGUGAUAAUAGACACUGUCCAGUGGUUACCAUUCCAAGCUUGUGCUUUUUGUGGACAUGAUGAAUCUGCAGAUUCAAAUAACCAAAGCAACUUUCUUGAGAUGGUACAACUUCUAGCUGAAUAUGAUGACAAGGUCAAGGCAGUUGUCCUAGGUAAUGCAAAGUACACCUCACUGCUGAUUCAAAAAGAAAUCCUUGAUAUUAUAGCUUCUAAAACCCAAAAGUUAAUUCAUGAUGAGAUUGGUGAUGCAAAAUUUUGCUUGAUUGUUGAUGAAUCUAGAGAUGAAUAUGCUAGAGAACAAAUGACACUUGUUGUUCAUUUUGUUGAUAAAGAGGGAUUCAUUCGAGAACGCUUUCUUGAUAUUGCUCAUGUUCAUGAUACAACAUCUGCAACACUUAAGAAAGAGAUAUGCUCUUUAUUAGCUAGCCAUAAAUUGGAUGUUCAAAAUAUUCGAGGACAAGGGUAUGAUGGUGCUAGUAACAUGCGUGGAGAGUGGAAUGGGCUACAAGCAAAAAUUCUUGCAGAUUGUCCUUAUGCAUAUUAUGUCCAUUGUUUUGCUCAUCAAUUACAAUUAGCUCUUGUUGCUGCAUCUAAGGAAAUGCCAGAGGUUUCUAUUUUUCUUUAUCAUCUUAGUUUUGUUGUCAACACUGUUGUGUCUUCUAGUAAGAGAAAUGAUGAUUUGAGUGCCUAUCAAAUAGCUGAAAUGGAAAAUCUUAUUGAUCUUGGGGAGCUAGAAACUGGAAGUGGAGCUAACCGAAUUGGAACUUUAAAGCAGGCAGGUUGA